CGGAGACAAUAGGACUGGAGCUAGAGAACCCUGCGAAACCGCUAGCGGUCCGCUGAACAAGGUGCAUUUACCGCUAGACCAGGUGUCAAUAGCACAAUAAGAAGAAUUUUAAUACCGACGGUGAAGAUACAUUUUUACAUUAAACUGCAAAGCUAUAAACUACUAUCAUCCUCACGAUUAUUAUUUGUUUUUAUCUGGCGUGACUUGGCUGACUUCAGAGCCCUUGUAUGUUGGACGAAUUGAAUGUUACACCACUCCUGUACUGCCUGUGAGUCCGUCCCCUAAACCUGUCCCCUGUUCUUGUCCGUCCCCUAACCCUAUCCCCCGGUCCACCCCCUAACCCGGUCCUCAGUAUGAGUUCUUCUCCGCUGGGUUCCCGUGGAAACAUGGACAUUCUGGAGGAGCUGCAGCUGAUCGCAGCACAGAACCUGGAGAGGUUAGAGGUCAACAAGUACUAUGAUGUCAUCAGGGAGCUUGGCAAGGGCACUUACGGCAAGGUGGACCUGGUCAUACACAAGAUCAGAGGCACCAAGAUGGCCCUGAAGUUCCUGAGGAAGAAGACAACCAAGCUGAAGUCGUUCCUGAGGGAGUACAGCAUCUCUCUCUACCUUUCCCCCUGUCCCUUUAUCAUUAACAUGUUUGGGAUCGCCUUCGAGACUGACGAUUACUACGUGUUUGCCCAGGAGUAUGCCCUGGCUGGGGACCUCUUCGACAUCAUCCCUCCACAGGUGGGUCUCCCGGAGACGGUUGCUAAGCGCUGUGUGCACCAGGUUUCCAUUGCCCUGGACUACCUUCACUGUAAGAAGUUGGUGCACCGUGACAUCAAGCCUGAGAACAUCCUCAUCUUUGACCGCGAAUGCCGCAAGGUCAAACUGUCCGACUUCGGCAUGACGCGCCGCGCUGGCUCACCGGUCAAACGGGUGAGCGGUACCAUCCCUUACACGGCUCCGGAGCUGUGCGACACGUCUCGCCACGAGGGCUUCUGCGUGGACUACAGCACGGAUGUGUGGGCCUUUGGCGUCCUCCUCUUCUGCAUGCUGACCGGUAACUUCCCCUGGGAGAAGGCCCUGCCCUCCGACUCCUUCUACCAGGAGUUCACUCGCUGGCAGAGACGGCGCACGGGCACCGUGCCCUCGCAGUGGCGCCGCUUCACUGAGCAGGCCCUCCGCAUGUUCCGCAGGCUCCUCUCUGUGGAGCAGGACAGACGCUGCUCCGUCAAAGAGGUGUUUGGCUACUUCAGCCACAGUUGGAUGCUGGAUGGAGACAGCAACGGGAACGGAGGAGGGGGCGGAGAGAGAGAGAGGGAGAGAGGAGGAGGAGGAGGGGUGAGGGUGGAGGGGGACGGGAGCAGUACGUCGUCCUUGUCGGGAGAAGAGGAGGAGGAGAUGCUGGUGGAGAGGAUGAAACAGCAGACUCUGUCUCCUCCGGUGUCUGUGGAGAGGGGGACUGGGGGGACGAAGGCAGGGAUGAUGCAGUCGGGUGGAGGACACCAUUUUGUGUCUGUUUCCAGCUCUGGGCCGUCUACCAACAGCUUUGACCGCAUGCCCAGAGACAGCAACAGCGACCAGCCCCCCGGACACAUACUGGUGGCCACGCCUAUAGAGAUCUGUGUCUGAGGUGUGUGACGAGCCUGGGAAGGACUGAGAUACUGUAAACGGUACACAUACAGAUGCCUACACUCAUAUACACACACACAUAUCCACACAUACACAUGCUCACACACUCUCAUACACAUUAAGUACUGUAUACUCAUACACAGGAAAAACGACAUGUUAUUAUCCUUACCAUUUUUUUGGGGGGGGGGGGAGAACGGGGUCAAAAGGAAGGACCUUUAAAGAACGAAUGAAUUAACAUUUUGCAAAAGAGAAAAGGGAUCAACUGGAUCCUGAUGAUUCCCGUUGGGGUAUAAUGAUCCAGUCAGAGAUCAGUCAUUCUACAGACACAACAAAUCUUUCUAGAGACUGCAAAGACUCAAUGAACAACAUACUGAACGAUCAGCCAACCAACAGAUAGACAGACAGACGGACGGGCAAGAUAUGGAAAGAGAGGUUGAGAAACACAUUGUGAUAUGAAAUGCUGGUAUUCAGAGUCUCAGAUGAAGACCAAAAUGUAUUUCUUAAAGCAAUAUAUUUCCCCCAAAAAGACUGAAACCGAGGGUGAAUUGAGCAAAAAAAGACUACAGAAGUGACACGGAGGAACCAUUUAUGGCAAAGCCAAGAGAUGAAGAGAUGAUGUUCUUUUGGUUAGUAUUUUUUAAGCUGAUAGAAAUACCUUGUAAAAUGUUCCUCAAUGUAAGAAUAACCUCAAAAUGAACAGCAGUUUUAUGUUUACUGUAAUGCAAUGUGAACUCUGGUACAAAGUAUGUAUGUGUGUACAGUACGUGUGUAGGUGUGUGUGUGUGUACAGUACGUGUGUAGGUGUGUGUGUGUGUGUG